CCUCUGACUCAUGGGGGAUUCCCCUACUUUUAUGUGACAAGAUCUGCGCAGAUGCGUAUUCGGGUUAGUAGCUGGACAAGAAUGAAAGUUUGAAGUGACCGGCAGAUCCAGGAUGUUGAUAAGGUGACCCAGUCCAACCACGUACAGCUUGCUUUAUUGAGAAGUUUUUGCAGCAGCUAGGGCACAAUCAGGGCAGGAGUAUUGUAAUUUAGUUGUUAUUCCAUUACAGAUGACAUGAUGAGGACCAUCCAUGUGUAAUAUGUAUUAGAAAUAGAAAAUGGAUUCCCAGCUGAUGAGUUGACAAAGGCAGGCUGUAGGUCACUGGGGAUGAUGAGGCUGUUGGCUGCCCUCCAAAUUAUAGCAGUGUAUGUAUAUUUGACUUGUCACGUACAAGCUCAAUUUUUUGUUGAAAAGAGCCAGUGUCCAUUUUGGAUGUACAAUGACACUACUACUCCAGGUGGUGGAUGUAAAUUCUGUAAAGUCUGUAGGGUGGAUGCUCAGGGAAUUAUCACACAGUCUGACAAGGUGCUAAAUAGAGAAUGUACCAUGAUACCGAAGGAGCACCAUUUGAUACUGAUGACUGGAGAAACAAGAUCACGACCACUGUUUUGCAGUGAGGGAGAAGAUGCAAAAUGUGAAGACAUCAACUAUGUCUACCCUGUUAAAAAUGGCGCCUGGAAGUGCGAUAACACACUGGAUCCCACCUGGUACUUCACCAACUGUACACUGCAGUGUGAUGGAGGCUAUGAACUUCAGGGUACACCUACAGUCCAGUGUGGAUCUAACUUGACAUGGGGGAAUGACAUUCCACGCUGUAAACCAGUACCCACCACUGCUGUUGCCAUGACAAUAGAGCAGGGGAAAGAUGUUCCAGAUUGGGUCAAUCCUAUGGCUGUGGCUGUGGCUGUCCUGGUCAUUAUCCUUCUGACUGUCCUAGCUUACUGUAACAGACAGAGAAUAAAGAAAUUGUGGGGUCAGCUUGAUCACUGUGAGCACCGUUACUUUGGCAAGUGCAAGGAGUGCCUGAUGCCAGAAACUGUAUCUCAGCAUACUGUAGAAACGGAGCCUAUGCUACCGGGUGUAUUUCUUACUAAGCAUUCAGAACCAGGGGAACGUAGUGAUAUGGCUCCAAUGGAUUCAGUUGUCCUUGAAAAUGAAAGAGAAGGCAGGGAAUUAGCAACAGUGCAUGGUGACUCCACCGAGUUGUCACACACUGCAGCCAUUCCAUUCCUGCACCAAAGCCAAGGUCAAACCCAAGGUCAAACUCAAGGUCAAGCCCAGAGUCAUUCAAAUUCAGAUCCAAAAACAAUUUACAACAUAUUUGGUGAUAACUUAAAGCUCUGUUCAUCUGGAAAUGUUCAGGUUAAUCAGACUUUGAACUUCACAUAUGAACAAAACAAGGUCACAGAGGUUGAGGACAAUAAAAAUGGCCACAUGAACAAACUGGAAAUGCUUGAGCUUAACGGGACAGGAUCAGGCAGCAUGGCUGCCCAGAGAGUAUCUAACCCUGGGCUAGAAGAGCUGAAGAGCUGUGAGGACAACAAUAUGUACACGGAUGAUCAGUUGCAUACUUUGAGUGGGCUUACUGGGUCCAGAAUGACUGGCACUGCACAGCCAAAUGUUCCCCUAGAAAUGGAGAGAUUGGACACGCCCAGGAAACUGCCUUCUGGUCAGUCAGACGAGGGCAUUAAUUUGAGUGAGAAUGAGAGUGCACGCNAAUAA